AUGGUACGCAACCAUAUUGGUGUUGAGAAUGCUUCCUGGCUGUGUCGAAUCAAUUUCUUCUCCGUUCAAAUUAUUCCCUAUGUGAGCUGUGAUCCUGUCAAAGACUACAUGCUUCCGGUAGCCGAACGGCUCCGUCGAUUGGCCGAAAAAGCAUACAAGGAUGAGGAACACAUGCGCACGCAUCCGGAUGAUGCAGAUGAAGGCACCGUUGCUGAGGAUAAUGCGCGGCUUGUUCGCGACGUCUACGCAUAUUUCCCAAUUUUGAUGAAAUAUACAGAUCUGCAUCGUGCGCAGUGGCUAAAAACCCCGUCCUGGGAAACGGAUGGUGUCUACGAAAAUGUUGCUGUUAUUUUCAAGAUCUGGUCGCUCUCACAGCAUUUCAAACGUGAAGAGUUAAAUUUCACAGCGCAGUAUGAAGACGAAUCGGUCGCCGUUGGUACUGGUGAAAUGAAAACUGGCAAAGCUGCAAUCGCUGAGCGAAAGAAGAAACGACUUGGCUUGAACGUAUUUGGUGGCCGUGAGCUCGAUAUUGUUCAACAUUCAAAGGAAAAAUUCUUGGGCAAAGAAAACGAAGAUAAAAUACGUGAAUUUGUCCGCUCACUACUUGACAUCCCGGCUAAGACAGAUCCUACAGAUAAGAAUGCAUGGCAAUUAAACCUCUACCGCAAAAUAGGUAAAUCACAAAUGCGUGGCAAGGAUGUGAUGACACAGGAUGCUGUUGUGGAGAAAAUAACAAAUAUGGGCCAGGUGGUGGCUAUUCUGCACGUCGUAAGUUCUGCUUCAUUUUUGGUGGAUUUGCUUAAAAAAAAAGUGGUGUAUUGUGUUUAA